UUCCUAUCAGUGUUUUAGUUCAGUACCUAGUUUUCUUCAAUACCUGUUCCUGCCUUUUAUAAUAUUCUAUUCCGAAAGUAGGAAAGAUUUGGUGAUCCAUCUUUUACUAUACGUGUAUAGUGAACACUCACUCUGGUCUGUUCGAACCAAGUCGUUAAGAACUGAAUUGUUAGAUUAAAUUCAGAUAUUUGUGUAUCUGCAAAAAGUUAAUAACUUGAGUUUCUACGAAAAGUUUGAACUGAGAGUCUGAAGAUGGAAACAUUGAUAAUCCUGGGUUAGACGGAAGGGAAAACACAGCAAAACCCCCGAAACUGUGCAAAGCUAGAUAGAAUCCUGGAGUUAGGACACUGAACCCUACUCUAGUUACUCAACCCUACUCCUGAUACUCAACCCUACUCAAAAUACUGAACCCUACUCAAGAUACUCAACCCUACUCCUGAUAAUGAACCCUACUCUUGAGAGUCAACCCAACUCUAAAUACUCAACCUUUCUCUAGAUACUCAAUCCUAUCUAUGUAAACUAUAUUCUUAAUGCAGAAUUAUACUGAGAAUAUUUAAUAAAAACUAGCGAAUGUUUUGAAGACAAUGCUUCUCCUACUCCUAAUCCUACCCGGAGUACUAGGGUUGUGCUCCGACAGAAGAACCUGUGGAGAUUGUAUGGAGGACCCUGAGUGUGUCUGGUGUUCCGAUCCUUCUCUAUUCGCCUCAACAAUACCAAGAUGCUCCGAGAGGAGCGCUGGGUUGAGUUGUGAUUCUCUGGUAGAUGUUGAGAGCAGUAUAGAGAUAACUGAGGAUCUUUCUCUAUCCAUGGAUUCGGAUGAAGCCCAGUUUGUCAAGAUCCAACCUCAGGCAGUAUCAGCUUCCCUUAGACCUGGUAAACCUGUGAAUAUCUCCUUCUCUAUUGGCAACGCUAAGAACUAUCCUGUAGAUCUCUACUUCUUGAUGGAUCUCUCCUGGUCCAUGAGAAGCUCCCGGGAUAAACUAAUCUCUGCUGGUGGAGAUAUCAUCGCUACAAUCAAGAACAAGACCAGUGAUGUCAAUAUAGGAUUUGGAAGUUUUGUUGAGAAGAAUCUACCCCCGUUUACAAGCUCUAUCCCGGAGUUUAACUGCGAAGUAGGAAGCCCUGAUUGUGCUCCGCCCUACAGUUUCUACCAUCGGCAAAACCUAGCAAAUAUAACGGCCCAACAGUUUAGUAAGGCUGUAAUGGAAGCUCCACUAGCUGGAAAUGUUGAUGAACCCGAGGGUUCCCUGGACGCUCUCAUGCAGGUGAUGGCAUGUACUGAUAGGAUAGGAUGGAGAAAUACAUCAAGAAAACUCAUUAUUCUGUUCACGGAUAGAGAUUUCCAUUUUGCUUUGGAUGGAAAACUGGCAGGAGUUCUGGAACCUAAUGAUGGAAAGUGUCAUCUCAACAACACAGAGAAUGGAUCUGGCUACUACACAAUGGGAGAAUUUCAGGACUAUCCUAGUAUAUCUCAUAUCAACAGUGUAGCAUACGCAAACUCUUUCAUCCUACUUUUCGCGGUGGAUGAAAGAUACAAGGGUAUUUACCAGGCUCUAGUGGAUCGUAUACCAGGGUCCUCUGUGGAUGUCCUGAGUAAGGACGGAUCCAAUAUAGUUCAUAUUGUUGAAACCAAGUAUGAAGAGAUCUCUACCUCUAUCAGAUUGAGAGCUGAAACCUCAGGAUCAGGUUCAACCUUCAAGUUCUUCUCCUCAUGUGGUUCCACAGGAGAUGUUUAUCAAACUAAUGUCUGUACUAAUGUACAACUCGGAGACAUUGUACACUUUACAGUAGAGGUUAAUAUAGAGGACUGUGAUGUAGAACCUCAAUCCGUCCCGAUACAUUCCAUAGGGCUGAAUGAACACCGUUUGGUUAUUUCUUUAUAUCCCAUCUGUACUUGUCCUUGUAUGACAAAUUCAACCCUUGAACCUUCCGCUCAGUGCUCUGGAGAGGGAGCGUUGGUUUGCGGAGAAUGCUUUUGUAACCCUGGUCACUACGGACGGAUAUGUGAGUGCGAUGGUAAGAGUGAGAAUGAAGGAGAAGGUCAAUGUAAAGCCGAACCUUCAGCUCCAGUCUGUAGUGGGAGAGGAGAUUGUAACUGUGGAGUGUGUAGUUGCUCACCCAGCAGGUUCGGACUUGUCUCCGGGAUCCACUGUGAGUGUGACAACUGGACCUGUCCUAAGGAUAAGGAUGGAAACCUAUGCAGUGGAAACGGAAACUGUAUUUGCGGAUCCUGUUCAUGUAACUCCGGUUGGAGCGGAGAAGCCUGUGGUUGCAACGAAAUGAAAGAAUCCUGUAUAUCUCCGUAUGACGGAGAAGUAUGCUCCGGGAACGGAGAAUGCCUGUGUGGAAAAUGUAAUUGUAAACCUAUAGAGUCUGGUGCUCUGUAUACUGGAAAAUAUUGCGAGAAGAACCCAACUGCUUCAGCAGGAGUAGAAGUAUGUGGAGAAGUGAGGAACUGUGUAGAAUGUCAACAUUUUCCAGAUUCAAACAACCAGGAGAACUGUUCUAACUGUUUUUUCCAGUCAACCACAGUUGAGAUAUCUGGUCUGGUUGGAUCCUAUGAGAAGGUAUGCUCCUAUGAAAACCAGAACGGUUGUUCCUACUCUUUCAUCAUAGACCUGGAUGAUAGAGGAGAAGCAAUAGUGAACCUUGUAACCAAGGACGGAAAGAAGGAGGAAUGUGCACCCUUAGGUUUACACCUCGGGAUCGGAGCUGGAGUCUUAGUUUUUAUCCUUGGUAUUCUCACAUUAAUCCUUUAUAAAUGUUGUAUUGAGAUAAAUGACCGGCGUGAGUAUGCCAGGUUUGAAUCCAACCGAGCUAAGAAUGCUGGGAAUUUGAUGCCGAAUGAAAUCUAUAAAAGUCCAAUCACAACCUUCUCCAACCCGACCUUCGGUAGAGGUUAGAUAAACCUUCUCCAACCCGACCUUCGGUAGAGGUUAGAUAAACUUUCUCCAACCCAACCUUCGGUUAUAGAAGUUAGAUAAACCUUCUCCAACCCAACCUUCGGUAGAGGUUAGAUAAACCUUCUUCAACCCGACCUUCGGUAGAGGUUAGAUAAACCUUCUUCAACCCGACCUUCGGUAGGGGUUAGAUAUAAACCUUCUCCAACCCAAAUUUCGGUCGGGGUUAGAUAAACCUUCUCCAACCCGACCUUCGAUAGAGGUUAGAUAAACCUUCUCCAAACCAACCUUCGGUAGGGGUUAGAUAUAAACCUUCUCCAACCCGACCUUCGGUAGGGGUUAGAUAUAAACCUUCUCCAACCGGACCUUUAGAAAGGGUUAGAUAAACCUUCUCCAACCCAACCUUCGGUAGAGGUUAGAUAAACCUUCUCCAACCCAAAUUUCGGUCGGGGUUAGAUAUUCAACUAUGAAUUUAGGGAGUGGUUAGAUUAACCUUCUCCAACCUGGACUUCUAUAGGGGUUAAACAAAUAUUCUCCAUAUGACCUUUGGAUAGAAAUAAUUCAAUCUUCUCCAACCCAACCUUCAGUAAGUAAUCAGCCAACCUUCUCCUACCCCACAUACGGGAAGGGUUUAUCUAACCCUCUACGCGCGGGAAUAAUCCAACCUUCUAUUACCUGCAACCUUCGGGAGAAGAGCCAAGCAAAUCCUCUCCUGCUUCUAUUGAACUGAAACGUGAGCUUGUUCCUUUAAACUUUAAGAAAAUAUCGUUGUAAUGUCUGAUGAGUUUCUUUCCAGACAAGGGAGCAAAAAAUACUAAUUAUACAGUUAUGUAUUUGAACAUAUUUGCACAAUUAGAAAUUCAGGUAUAUUAAAAAUUAAUGGUUAUAGAACACAAUACUGGUAUUAAAACUAAAAUGCAUUUAACUUUGUAUAAAGUAUGCAGGGUUAUCCACAUAACAUGAGACUUUUCAAAAGACAGAUUGCAUAGUUAUGCAUUUUUUUUGCGACAUAGUUUAUUUAGGUUGAGAUAUUGAAUUAUAAUAUUUUGCGGGUAACCCUGUUUUAUCUAUUGUGAUUAUUUAAUGAUUUUUUAAUGUCAAAUUUAGA